GCAAUUUUUCAUAAAAAGUAUAACAUUAUUGAUAAAAAUUGAUCUUUUUUUCCAGACGCUAACCUCUUCAGCAGUUUGCUGGUGCAUUUUAGUGAAGGCACCUUCGGCUGAUAGUGAUGUGAAAAAGAGAGAGCUGGCAUGCGCCAUGCAGGGACAGUACAUUUUAUCUAUGUUCACCAUAAUGGGAUGUUUUAUCGGCUGUGUUAGUGCGGGGGUAGGGGGAUUUAGCUCCACAUCAUCUAGCUUCCGAGAUGAGGACGAAGAAGAUGACGGACCAAAGAAAACGCUUGCAUUAAUAAUUCUACUCGGCUGCAUUGGUGCAAUAUUUCUUACAAUAUUCUCAAUGUGUAUUGUAUGUACAUAUGGUUCAUAUUUCGGCGUGCACAUACAGCGCGGAAGGCGGGGUCGCAUGGUAUUUAUAAAUACGAACGGACAAUCAACAAUGCCCACUGUUUUCCAAACCAAUACAGUCCAGACCGGUAUGCAUGUAAAUGAUGCACAGAUUAGUCAGUUGGAGGCACAAAAUCGUCUGCUACAACAACAACUUGAUCUCCAACGACAGAUGUUUGAACAACAACAGCAGCAACAACAACAACAACAGACACAGUAUUCAACUGGUGUAUAUCCACCGCCUCCACCUUCGUAUCCGGGAUUCAGUACCACCGGUCCCACAGCACCGCCGCCCAAUUAUUAUGAUGUCAAGUAGAAGGAACUUAACUUAAAUAAAUUUUAUUCUGCCCAUUUGACUAUAUAAAAUGAUAAACAUAUUGAUUAAUACCUUGAAAAUAUUGCCAGUGAUUUACUUUGACAUUUUGACCAACAAAUUGUAGUUUAAUGUGUUUGUUCAUACAUGUACUUCAUUUAUGUGACUAUUUAUACAACCUUUUCUAUCUUUUUUUUAAAGAUUUUCUGUUUGUUAUUUAAAUCAAUUAGUGGUAUUGUUUACGUCGAAUAUAAUGUCUGAUAUUAAAUAUCAAAUUAUAAAAAAAAACAUGUA